UGUAUUUUUUUUCACUAUAGCGAUCCAAAUUGAUCUUUUUUAAAUAUAACUUAUGGGGUGACAUCUCUAUAAGUACCGGUUGCGUUUUAACUACCAUGAGCAGCUAUAAAUAACGCUGAGACCUCAACCGAAUGCGCAAUAAUGGUUCGAUACACAGCCGAGUUUACAGCUGCAGAGCAGGAACUCAUUGACAAGGAGUUUUCCAGACUAGCGGAAAGCACCUACCUCGACCAUGCGGGAACAACUCUGUAUGCCGAAAGCCAAGUGCUGAACGCAGCGCAGCAACUGCAACGCGAUGUUAUCUGUAAUCCGCACACCUGUCGUGCCACCGGCGACUAUGUGGAUCAGGUGCGCUACAGAAUUUUAGAGUUCUUCAAUACCACCGCAGAUGAUUAUCAUGUUGUGUUUACGGCCAAUGCAACGGCUGCACUGCGUCUUGUAGCCGAACACUUUGAUUUCGCCAGCGAUGGCAACUUUCAUUAUUGCCAAGAGAAUCACACUUCAGUGUUGGGCAUGCGUCAAGUGGUUAAGGCCAAGGGCAUCUAUAUGCUCACCAAAGACGAAAUUCUGCUUAACGAACAGGCACAGCCAUCAGCUCCAGCUCCAGCUCCAACAGCACAGGCCAAUUCUCUGCUCACCUUCUCGGCUCAGUGCAAUUUCAGCGGCUACAAGAUGCCCUUGACUGUCAUUGAGAAGAUACAAAACUGCGGCCUUCAGCAGUUGGGCAAAUGCAUCUGGAGCGCACAGUCUGAACCAGUAGCGAAUGGAGUCGACAAAAAUUAUUAUGUAUGCUUGGAUGCAGCUGCCUAUGCCGCCAGCAGCCCGCUGGACUUGCAACGCUAUCGCCCGGACUUUGUUUGCGUCAGCUUUUAUAAGAUCUUUGGCUACCCCACGGGCGUUGGCGGCUUGUUGGUCAGUCGCCGCGGCGCGGAAGUGCUGCGCAAGCGUUUCUAUGGCGGCGGCACCGUAAACUAUGUCUAUCCACAUACCAUGGACCAUCAGCUGCGCAGCACAUUCCACGAGCGCUUCGAGGACGGAACACUGCCAUUCUUGUCCAUAGUAGAGCUCUUGCAGGGAUUUCGCACGCUGGAGCGCCUAGUGCCUGGUCGCAGCAUCGAGCGCAUUUCACGGCACGUACAUGGCCUGGCACGCUAUUGUGAGCAUCAGCUGAAGCAGCUGAAACAUCCCAAUGGUGCACCGCUCAUCACGCUCUAUAACCAUGCCGGCUAUGAGGAUCGUGCCAAACAGGGCGGCACUGUCGCCUUCAACGUGCGCACCGAUACUGGGGACUAUGUGGGUUUUGGCGAGGUCGCCUGCAUGGCCGCACUGCAUCGUGUAAUGUUGCGCACGGGUUGCUUCUGCAAUGUGGGCGCCUGCCAGCAAUUUUUGAAUCUGAAUGAUGAUACAAUGGAUGCCAUUUAUAAGCGCGCUGGACGCAUCUGUGGCGAUUACUUUGAUCUGCUGGAUGGACAGCCGACGGGCGCCGUGCGCGUUUCCUUUGGCUACAUGACCCGUGUACAAGAUGUUGAACGCUUUUUGCAGAUGCUGCGUAGCAGCUAUCUUGUCAUCUCUAAGCCGCAGCUGCGUUUCAGCUUCAUUGAGCAGCAGGCGGAGAUGCUGCCCAAGGUGCUGCAGCAGCGAGCGCAGCGUUUGCGUCCACGUCUACUCCAGUUGGCCAUUUAUCCGGUGAAGUCGUGUGCUGCCUUUAAGGUCGGCAAGUCUACGGUUGGCUGGCCCCUGACGAAACAGGGCCUGCAGUAUGAUCGCGAGUGGAUGAUCGUCGAUAUCAAUGGCAUGGCGUUAACCCAGAAACGCUGCACGGAUCUGUGCCUGAUACAGCCACGCAUUGCGGGAGAUCAACUGGAGUUGCAUUACGCGGAAUCGUCCUGUGCCGUGCCGCUCUCACUGAGCGUUCAGGCUGCGAAUUCGGCACGCUGCCACAGCAAGGUCUGUCGUCAGCCCAUCGAGGGCUACGAUUGCGGCGAUGAGGUAGCCAGUUGGCUUAGCCAGCACCUUGGGCUGGAGGGCGUGCGGCUGCUGCGUCAGUCGGCGCAACGCAGCGCACCGGGCACACAGCAGAAGCAACUGAGUUUGGUGAAUCAAGCCCAGUUCCUGCUGGUCAAUCGUGCCUCGGUGCGUUCGCUACAGUUCGAGGAGCCGCUGGACGAGACGGUCGAUCGCUUUCGCGCCAACAUAAUCAUCGAUACGGGCUUGCCCUUCGAGGAGCUGGCCUACACGCAGCUGCGCAUUGGCUCCAUACUCUUCCAAGUCGACGGACCCUGCCAGCGCUGUGACAUGAUCUGCAUCAAUCAGCGAACCGGCGAACGUUCGCCAGAGACUCUCACGACCAUUGCCCGCAUGCAGAGCGGCAAAAUGAGAUUCGGCAUCUACAUCUCGCGUCUGCCCAGUGAAACGGAAGAUAAGCAGCAGCAACUGACUUGUGGCGAUGCCAUUAUCGUUACUUGAGUGACAUUCCAGCGAAAACAGUUUUGUGUAAAUAUAAUUUAAGUGAUACUGUAAUUUUAAACACUUUGUUUACUUGCCAACCUCGUGCUUAUAUUGUUUA